CAAGCCCGCGGAUCUUUGCCUUCUGGCAAAGCCUAUCGUGACACCGUUUCGGCCGCAUUGCGCCGGGCAACGGCCGGCCGGGCUCGCCCGCUUAUUCCGCGUCGUUUGACCGGCGAUUCCAGCCGUCUCUCGCGCGCCGUUUCGGCCGCAGUGAGUCCUUGGCCGCGUGCGUGCACACCACCCCGUGCACCCUUCUCUGCGACACGCAGCCGUGCCCCCGACUCGCUUGGAACUUGUACCUUCGCUGAGCCACGGCCACCCCCGGCGCGCCGGCAAAUGUAGAGCGACAUGGCAAUCAGCAUAAAAUUCACAAAAUUCGACAACACGCCAUGGGGCUUUCGAUUAGCGGGCGGGAGCGAUUUUCCACAGCCGCUUACUGUUAUCAGAGUCACGGAAGGCAGCCUGGCCGAAUGUAUGGGUUUAAAGGUCGGCGACGUCGUUGUAAGAUUAAACGACCAGCCGAUCAGCUGCUUAACUCACGGACAGGCGCAUGAGGCGCUCUUGCACGCUGGCAACAACUUCGUUCUGGGUGUGCAAAGAGAGGAAGAGGCACGAAAGGCCGCCGAGGCGAUAUCGGAAGAGAACAUCGUUCCAUAUAAAAUCGCGCUUGCAGACUUACCGCCGCUCUUCCCAGAACAAAUCUUGAAGGAGGAGACAGUGAUCGAGCGAUACGAAGAGGAGACCGUCGAGCAAAUCGCGUCCGCCGAAGACGAGGUCAGGCAAGAGGAAGAGAAGCUCGCGGAGGAGAAACCGGUGGACGCCGACAGUGAAAUCGUGCCGAACAAAAAUCUCACGGAUGACGAGAUCGCGCAGCUGAUCCUCGAGGAGGAGGAGCUUCUGUCCGAUCAGGGAUUAUUGGGGGUGAACUUCAAGAAGCUCCGCCCGCGCGCCUCGAUCUUGAAGGGCUCCAAGGUGCUGGAAGAGCUGCAGAACAUCUCGACAGCCGAGCCUGAGCGGGUGCAAGAGUUGAAGCACACCUCCACCUUCCUGCGGAAACCGCAACGACCGGUACCGAAGCCAAAGAGCCAGCCAACCGAAGAGGACGACGGCGAGACCUACAGGGUCGUGAUCAAGAAGCAGGACAAGAAGACGGUGAUCGCGCGUCUCGUGGAGAAGGGCCUGCUGCCGUCAGGAUCGGGGAUUCCCAAGACACCCGAGCCACCGUACGAGGUAAACAUGCAUGAAACGAAGAGCGAUCUCAAGGAGGAUUGUCCUGAAAUCGACCCGAAUCCCUCGCGUUCCACCUUGUCCUCCGACACCACCGGCGACUUGUUGUCUCCGCAUUUCGAUACCAACGAGAUGCGUCCACUCGAAGCUCAGAUGAUACAUGCCGCGUCCGCCAGUUCGGAGCUCCCUCAUGUGGGACCGAGUCCCCAUCGAGCAUCCAUCGGCGAGCUCGCUCAGAAGCCUGUGAGGAGAUCGAGUAUGUGUGCGCGAGCGCACUACGCCGAAAGGAUUCUCCUCGAAAAGGUCAAUAUCUUCGGCGAACAGCCGCUCUCGGAGCCACCGCGGGCGAAGAAGAGCCGCGUCGUGUCGAAGCGCAAAGCCCGGAUGAGGGGCAAGUACCUGGCGACGUAUUUGAAGCGCGAAAGCGCCCGUCUCAUCUCCCUGCUGACGACAUUAUUCCAGUUCCUGCGGAAAGCAGACGUUUCAGAGCCGAGCGAAGCGUCGAGGAUGCGCCGGCGACGCUCGAGCGUGAAGGGCUACUACCUGGAGCACGUGCUCCAGAAAAACGUCGCUCCCAUGCUCCAGUGCGUCAAGGAAACCUGCCUCGUGGCACCUGCCGAUCACUAUCAGGAGAUCGACAGCGCACAGAAAGACGAGCCGAAAUCUACCAGGAACUUCAAGGUCCAUGAGCUAUUCGUCGAGUACAUUCGUAAGGUCUACGGAUGGCUAGAGAAUGGCUCGUCUUCGCGGAAAGAAUCUGCUGUGGUCACUUUUGACGACUCGGACGAAUGGAAGGAAAAUCGCAGUGCCUGCGUCGUCAAGUUUGCCGAAAAAAAUCCUUCCUCCACCACUAACGCUUCCGAUAGUCCAAUCGUAAUCGAAGAAAUAACUGACGAGAGUGAACGCGACGUUCCCGAAUGCGAAGACUUUAUCGAGGGUUCCAGCUCUUCACAAAUCAUAGAUACAGUUCCCGAAGAGGAACACGCGCUCUCGCAAUUCCUGCAGUCGACCGAAGACUACAUCUCCGCCGAGGUGUUUCACCGCGGCCACAGGAGACUUUCCAAGCCUCGGAAAUCCAUAGACGUCAUCCCUAAAGAAGACAAGGAUGGUUUGUCCAAGAUCCUGCAGUCGACCGAGGACUACAUCUCCAGCGAGGUGUUUCAUCGCGGCCACAGGAGACUUUCCAAGCCUCGGAAAUCCAUAGACGUCAUCCCUAAAGAAGACAAGGAUGGUUUGUCCAAGAUCCUGCAGUCGACCGAGGACUACCUCUCCAGCGAGGUGUUUCACCGCGGCCACAGGAGACUUUCCAAGCCUCGGAAAUCCAUAGACGUCAUCCCUAAAGAAGACAAGGAUGGUUUGUCCAAGAUCCUGCAGUCGACCGAGGACUAUCUCUCCAGCGAGGUGUUUCACCGCGGCCACAGGAGGCUCUCCAGGACCCGUAAGUCCAUAGACGUUAUUCCUAAAGAAGACAAGGAUGGUUUCUCCAAACUUCUGCAGUCGACCGAGGAUUACAUUUCUAGCGAGGUGUUCCAUCGCGGCAGCAGGAGGCUCUCCAGACCCCGCAAGUCCAUAGACGUCAUCCCUAAAGAAGACAAGGAUGGUUUCUCCGAACUUCUGCAGUCGACCGAGGAUUACAUUUCCAGCGAGGUGUUCCAUCGCGGCAGCAGGAGGCUCUCCAGGAGACUGUCCAAGGACUCGGAUCUGGAGAACGGCGCAUUGUCGGAUCUUCUUCGCUCGACCGGCGACUACGUCUCCAACGAGGUGUUCCAUCGUAGAAGCAGGAGGUUGUCCAGGGCGUCCAAGAAGGACCUGCCGUGCACGGGACCUAUCUGGUGGGACGGGCUGAAGGGUAUGCGUCUGAGCCUACCAUGGUUCUCACUCAGGGUCACCGACGAGAAGAGCACGGAGCACGCUGAUGUCUGCACGGAGAAGAUCGACCCCGAGAUUGAGCACGACAGUCGCAGGCUGUCGUUCGUGCCGACAAUCCUCUAUCAGGGUAUCACGAAUCGCAUCGGCGUCGACUUCACGAGGCUGGUGGCUUACGCCUUCGUGCCCUGCACCUCGAUCGUUCUGCUCUACUUGUACAAGUAGCCGUCUACCGUGCGACGACGUCCGUGCCUGAUCUGAACGAUUGAGCGGUACCCAAACGGACGUUACCGAUGCAAUGAGGCGUUAGUCUGUCUAAUCUUGGAGCUUAGCGCACGAUAUCUACAUGAGCACGGCUGUAUUCAGGCUGAAACGAGCAUCUUGGAACUCUGAUUGCGCCAGACCUCUUAUUGUAAUCGCGGCCUUGACAUGUACACUAAUCGGCAGCGUAGUCUUAACUUGAGGCAAUGACGGAGCUCUUCAUUCUUAACCGAUUCGAUUCCAAGGAGCAGAAAUUCGGUUCCCUUCGACCAGAACGCGUUUGCUCCGUUCAUUGUCGUGUUGAUUCGAGCAGUACUUUUUCAUCGUGUAUUAAAGUACUAAUUUUUACUUCGCAAAUAUUUUAUAGUUUAUCGGUGUUGUUCAGUAAUAUUUGUCAGAGGUUUAAAUACUGUAGUUUCUUUAUUAGGCUUGCUUAUAAUUGUGCUGCGUGUUGUGGCCAUUUUGCCGGUUGGUGUAUGUGUGUAUCACCACAUGUGGAUCAUCCGUCGACGUGCCAAUGAGUGUCUCAUGUGUAAUACGCGCUCGAACUUCACCCUCUGUGUAACCACGUGUAGCAUGCUCUUUCUCUCUCUUUCUCUGUUUCUUCGUUACUAGAAUGAAUUAGCCAGAGUGACUUUGUCGUACAGAAGUAGUCUGCGCAAAUGUAAUUAACUCCUUCACGUAAUUGACCUCCCAAUGAUGUGAAAUGUGAUUAAAGAUAGUAGAUUACUGA